UGGAGCAGUCGAAGUAACAGGUUGUGUUUUUGUAGCUCCCUUAUCUCAGUUCUUAUCUUUCAUUCAUAACCGAAAGUAAAAUGAUUUGCAGUGAAUGUAAAUGUGAAGUGCCUGAUCGCGAUGUGUUAUUGUGCUCUCGUUGUAGGAUUGAGCAUCAUUUCGUGUGUCAAAAUAUAAAAGAUUCAAAUUUUCGAAAAAUGUCGGCCGAAACAAAAUCGAAAUGGUGUUGUUCAAAGUGUAAAUUAGUCAACACCGGUACAUGCUCGUCAACGGUGGCUGGCUUAUCAACCACUGAUAAGCAAUCUCAGUUGGAUUCGGACGGUAAGAGUAGCAGUGCUUCACUUUCGCUAUCACUGACUAAAGCUGACCUUGAAGCUAUUGGUCGAAUUGUCAGAGAAAUGAUUCAAGCGGAGCUAUCGCCAAUCAAGCAAGAGUUCAGUGCAAUAAAGGAAUCAAUUGAAUUCAUUUCUAACGAGUUUGAUCAUUUUAAGAGUGAACUUUCUACUUUUAAAAAUAAGGUUGAGGAACUCAAAAAGGAAAAUACUACAUUGAAAUGUGACAAUAAUAAAUUAAAAUCACAAUUGGACUCAAUUCAUGAAUAUACACGUAGGGACAAUUUGAUUAUUACUGGAAUUCCAGAAACAGCUAAUGAGUCGGUUUACGAAAUUUUCAACAGUGUAUCAACUGCAAUUAGUAGCCCACUAACAUCAAAAGACUUAAGUACAGCACACAGACUUCCUACUAGAAUUAAAGGCAAGAAUAGCAUCAAACCGAUAGUUGUGAAAUUUGUGCGAAGGCAGGACAAAGAGACUUGGUUAGCUGAUUUCAGAAAAAUGUCAUCCAUGGACAAAACUAGUUACGGUAUAGCGACAAAAUCUAUAAAUAAGUCCCUCCCUGAUGGCAAUGUAUUGGCUCACCAACACUUGCCUCCUCAAAUCCUUGAACAACUCAAACAGGUACGAGAGGUCGCCUCUGAAAAGGGGUACAAGUUCGUGUGGUCGAGAGAGGGGAAGAUAUUUGUUCGCAAAGAUACUAACCAGGCGGCAAUUGUGAUACAUCGCAAGGAGGACUUAAACUCUCUGUAGACUCAGGAUCAGGACCCAAUUAAUUUCUUUUGUAUAUUUUUAUGCCGUUUGAGAACUUUGAAAAUCAAAUUGUUUAUGAUAAUUAUGAAACAUUAGUUGUAGAAGAUUUUUUAAAUUAUAAAAUUGCUAACUCUUAUGAUGUAAAUGUCAUUCACAUGAAUAUUAGGUCCAUCAAGAAAAAUUUCGAUGAAUUCAUUUAUUACAUAAACCAUUGUAAAACUAAAUUUGAAAUUAUAAUAUUAUCUGAAACAUGGAUUAGUAAUGACUCAGAAUUUGUUUUUAAUAUAGAGGGGUACUCUGUUGUAAAUAGAAAUAAUAGGUUCACGAGGAGUGAUGGAUUAUGUAUAUUUGUAAGCAAGGAUAUUGAUUUUCAAGAAGUUAAUAUAA